AUGAAGUGCGGCAAAUGCGCAACAUCAAGUUUCUACCAGUAUAUCUACGCCCUGCUCAGCCAGCUACUGCGAACAGCCGUAAAAUGGUUUAUGCAGCUGGCGACUGGCAAAAGUGAGCUCGAAAGGAUCUUGACCUGGCAAACAAAAAAUCAAGGCCAAAUUACAGCCGAAAUAGAAAGGCUGAUCGAUGACGGAGAACUGGUCGCGUUGCCUGAUUACUGGAAGCCGGAUGAGGAGGAUGAACUUGCAACCCGAAUUGUCAGGAAAUAUUGCCCUGGAAUUGAUAAGAAACAGUUUAAACAACUGAAAGAUACAUUGCGAAGGUCGCUGAGUCAAAUACAGGGCUAUCGGGAACUGUGUGAUAUUGUUGAAAGUAUGCGCAAAGAAAAAUAUGAUCCUGAAAAUGAACAACACGAGAAACGAUUAUUAAAACUGUGGGAUCUUCUGAUGCCCGAUGAGGAUUUGGAAGGGCGAAAGUCAGAGCAGUGGCAAAAGAUUGGAUUUCAAGGUGCCGAUCCGUCAACUGAUUUCCGCGGUAUGGGUAUUUUGUCCCUUGAGCAGCUAAUUUUCCUUGCCCAAUACGAUGUUGCCUAUGCACAGUCAAUCCUUUCGCUCUCACAACAUCCUUCCUACGGGUUAGUUCUCAUUCUGUUGCCUCACAGUUGA